AUACAAUUUGUUUCACUACAACUGUAAGAAAGCAUGUUCAAAUUCCCAUUGGCUGACUUAUAAAGGGGCUUUUGGAACACAACCUAAUGUAUGAAGUACUCAUUAAGCCCUAACAACUACCCUGAAGAUGGUAUUAUGAAUAUGGCAACUUUUCUACGGGGCUUUGAAGAAAAGGGGUUAAAGAAUGACAGGCCUGAGGACCAGUUGAGUAAAGAGAAAAAGAAAAUUCUGUUCUCCUUCUGUGAGGUGUGCAACAUCCAGCUGAACUCCGCAGCCCAGGCCCAGGUCCAUUACAACGGUAAAUCCCACCGCAAACGAGUCAAGCAGCUGAGUGAUGGGCAGCACCCCCCACCAGCCCAGGGCUCUGGGCAGCUGCUGGCCAGCCCCAGCACCAACACCAGCGCAGGCAGUACAUGCCACACUGCUACACUUCCUGCUCUUGUGCGCACACCUACCCUGAUGAUGCAGCCUUCACUGGAUAUCAAACCAUUUCCACUGUCUUUUCCAGUGGACAGUAGUUCUGCUGUGGGGCUCUUUCCAAAUUUUAACACAAAAAGAAGAGGCUUAUUUGGGACCAAUAAAUUCUGCCAGAUGGAUCCUGUGCAAAAAGCAGUCAUUAACCAUACUUUUGGAGUGUCCAUUCCCCCAAAGAAGAAACAAGUUAUUUCUUGUAAUGUCUGUCAGCUUCGCUUUAACUCAGAUAGCCAGGCCGAGGCCCACUACAAAGGAAGUAAACAUGCCAAGAAGGUCAAAGCACUAGAGGCAACGAAAAAUAAACCCAAAAUGGUUUCUUCCAAGGACAGCGCAAAGGCUAAUCCCAGCUGCUCCAUCACUCCAAUCACAGGCAACAGCUCUGACAAAUCAGAAGAUAAAGGGAAGUUAAAAGUCAACAGUUCCAGUCAGCCAUCAAGCUCUGAAGGUGGCCCAUUUCUCCUCAAAUCAGGCACAACACCCCUGCCACCUGGAGCAGCCACUUCUCCCUCAAAGAGCACGAAUGGAGCUCCCGGUACCUGUACCGUUUCUGAAUCAGAAGAAGAAAAAGCCAAAAAAUUACUGUAUUGUUCACUAUGCAAAGUGGCUGUGAACUCCCUGUCACAGCUAGAGGCACACAACACAGGAUCUAAACACAAGACCAUGGUGGAAGCUCGUAAUGGGGCUGGUCCAAUUAAGUCCUAUCCUAGACCUGGAUCAAGAUUAAAGAUGCAGAAUGGCAGUAAGGGGUCAGGACUACAAAAUAAGACAUUUCAUUGUGAAAUCUGUGAUGUUCAUGUUAAUUCAGAAAUUCAACUCAAACAGCACAUUUCUAGCCGAAGGCAUAAGGAUCGAGUUGCAGGGAAGCCACUGAAGCCGAAAUACAGCCCUUACAACAAACUCCAGCGGAGCCCGAGCAUUUUAGCAGCAAAACUUGCAUUCCAGAAAGACAUGAUGAAGCCUUUGGCCCCGGCCUUCCUGUCGUCGCCCCUGGCGGCGGCGGCGGCGGUGUCGUCGGCGCUGUCGCUGCCGCCCCGGCCGUCGGCGUCGCUGUUCCAGGCGCCGGCCAUACCUCCCACCCUGCUGCGGCCGGGCCACGGGCCCAUCCGCGCCACGCCCGCCUCCAUCCUGUUCGCGCCCUACUGACCGCCGCCCGCCCGCCCCGCGGCGCACCACCCCGGCCCCGACUCCAAAGACUAAGAAAUCACUAGGCUCCAGAGUGCUUUUAGGGACCGCUCCCGAAAUUAGGGAUCUGAGCAGCACAGGCUUUGUCCCCCUGUUCUCCACCCCCCCCCACCCCCUGCCGACCUCGAUUUGUGUAUCUGAGAUAUUUGGUUUCUUGCAAAUGUAUUGGUCAGAAAAAAAUAUAUAUCUAUAUCUAUAUACCAUCCUCUGACUAUUUUCCCAUGGGUGUGAUCUGGCUUAGAAACGAUAAGGAAUAUUUUCCUGACAGACUUGAAAACUAGGGUCUUCCUCCCACGUCUGUAAAUAACUCUGGAAUCCAACUGAGCACAUUCUAGUGUGGAACAAAAAUAGAUGAACACAAGUGCUUGCUUGUGGAUCCCAUCUUACCAACGGAUCACAACGUUUUCCUUCAUGGUGUACUAUUGUUGACAGGGAUUGUGUACUGUUUUAGACCCAAGUACUGUUGUAUCCUGUGUAGUACUAGAUCUGUAUCUCUUGUCUGAAUCCAACAUUUUUUUAGUCGCUGUGUAAAUGUUAGGAAGCAAAGUAGCUUGAAUUCUAAGAGAACAAAAGAUAAUGUAUUUUCUUUAUUUCACGUUUCGUUUGGUGAUAUUGAAAAGAACUAGAAAGCCAUAUAACAUAGCUAUAAUUACUGUUUGCUAUUUUUGUUUAACUUAUUUUGUAGCUUCCUCACGAGUUUGAGUUGCUAAGCAAAUGUAUACAACCAGAAAAAGAGCUUCCUCAAUUGCACAUUCUUGCACCUCUUGUGCAUUCUGCAAGGAGACAAUGAAUCCAUGUAUUUCUACGUAAUUAUCUUCUUCAUUUUUAACCUGUUUUCAUUUGUUAACAAUGCUACAUAAUUUUGUGGCUCCCUAAUGCAAUAAUGUACAGAAGAUAAAAAAAAAUUUAUAAUUGAACAAUUUGUCUUUCUGUUCACUGAAUAUGUUGCAGGUCUCGCUCCCAUGCCCCCCCUUUCUAAACUGAUACCAACAAGACUGGAAUGUUUGUGGUAUCAGGGGCAAGAGGCAUCAUAAAACAACAAAAUAGAGUGAACUCUUUUAGAGCAUCUAUAUCUGCAAUCUGUAAAUGGUAAAAUGUCUGUGUAUUUUUUUAAAUGUACCUUUUCAAUAAAAGUACAAAAAA